AGUAGUUGUAUGCAAGAACAGCCACUUACUGGUUGUAGAAAUGAGCCACAAGAGAAAGGAAUUCCCGAUAUGAAGAAUCAUUCUGUCUUAGGGACAAUUAUGGGCCGUGUCUCUCAAAAUAGCAGAAGUAUCAAGGAUGAGAACAGUAACCAUAUUUCUUUCGGAUUGAAUCGAGACACAAACGAUGGCAAAAACAACACUAACCAAAAUAUACAAAGCAAUUGUAAAGGUGACAUAACCAUAGAUUUCCAGGAAGAAACUGGGUCAGUUUUGAAACAAAGAAAAGUUAAAGGGGUUGAAGCACUUCAUGCACUGAAGUGUGCAAAUAAUCCUGGGAAAAGGUCUAGGUUUGACCAACAUAAGGAAGCACUGCUAGGAAAAAAACGCAGUAGGCAGACCAUGUUUCUCAAUUUGGAAGAUGUCAAGCAAGCUGGUCCCAUCAAGACGUCGACCCCAAAAAGACAGAACUUUCCAGCUGCUAUUACCAAACGUACAGUGAAAGAUGCACAUUCAGUUCCUCCUGCUGAAAGUACUGCAGAAAAACAGAAUCAGCAUGUGAACAAGGAUCUAAAACAUGUUGAUUUAUCAUGUAAUGAAGGAAACAAUUAUGUGGAAUCCAAUGAUUCAAAAUCUGAAUGUAAUGGUGAUAUGAAUUCAGGAAUUCUGGAUCGGCCUAGGAGGCUGAAUAGUUCCACAUUUCUUGCUGCAGAGGUAAUCCUACCUUCCAUAUCGAGACAGUGUUCGUGGAAGCAGCCCUUGGAAUCAAGGCAGGUCGGCAAUUCACAAAUAUCAACUAGGAAGUCAGCUCUAACCAGUCACGGUUCUAUUGAUCCAAAAUUAUCAACCCAAAAACUUCCGCCCAAGAAGCCAGCUGCAGCUACGCGGAGAGCCCAAUGUCAGGAUACUUCCGUGGAACGUCUUUUGCGGGAGGUGACUAAUGAAAAACUUUGGCAUCAUCCAGGAGAAGCUGACCUCCAGUGUGUCCCUGCUCGAUUUGAAUCUGCGGAAGAGUAUGUAAAAGUAUUUGAGCCUUUGCUUUUUGAGGAAUGCCGUGCACAGCUUUACAGCACCUGGGAGGAGUUGAUUGAAGCAGUUUCCUGGGGCUUACAUAUUAUGGUUCGUGUAAAGAGUGUUGAAAGACGAGAAAGAGGGUGGUAUGACGUGACAGUUCUUCCUGCAAAAGAAUGUAAAUGGGCAUUCAAGGAUGGUGAUGUUGCAAUUCUUUCUACCCCCAGGCCUGGAAAAGUAGGAUCCAAAGGAAGCAACACUUAUUAUAAGGACGAUGAUGGUGAGCCUGAAGUCAGUGGACGUGUGGCUGGAACUAUAAGGAGAUACAUGCCUAUUGGAACUCGUGAUUCCCUUAGGGUGAUCCUUCAUUUUUAUGUUGGGGACUCUUAUGAUCUGAACAGCAAGGUAGAUAAUGAUCAUAUUCUGAGGAAAGUUCAGGCCAGAGGUAUCUGGUUUCUAACUGUACUUGGUUCUCUUGCAACUACUCAAAGGGAAUAUGUUGCUCUGCAUGCAUUUCAACGCCUCAAUCUCCAGAUGCAAACAGCUAUCCUGCAGCCUAGUCCCGAGCACUUCCCAAAAUAUGAUGAACAGCAUCCUACUACACCUGAAAGUUUUACACCGAACUUUGUUGAUUAUCUAAGUAGGACCUUCAACGUACCCCAGUUAGCAGCAAUCCAGUGGGCUGCAAUGCAUACUGCUGCUGGUACAAGUAGUGUUAUGAAAAAAAAGGAAGAUCCUUGGCCAUUUACUCUAGUUGAAGGGCCUCCAGGCACAGGUAAGACACACACAGUAUGGGGAAUGCUAAAUGUCAUCCAUCUUGUUCAAUAUCAGCACUAUUAUUCAGCACUGCUUAAGAAACUAGCUCCUGAUAGCUAUAAGAAAACAAGUGAGAGCAACUUCAACAAUGUCGCCACUGGAUCCAUUGAUGAAGUUCUACAGAGCAUGGAUCAAAAUCUUCUUUGCACCCUUCCAAAUCUGAGUACAAAACCUAGAAUGCUGGUUUGUGCUCCUUCAAAUGCUGCAACAGAUGAAUUGCUUACGCGUGUUCUUGACCGCGGGUUUAUUGACGGUGAAAUGAAAGUUUACAGGCCUGAUGUGGCCCGAGUUGGUGUUGAUUCACAAACACGUGCUGCUCAGGCUGUUUCUGUUGAGUGCAGAACUGAACAGCUUCUAGUCAAGAGUCGUGAUGAAAUUUAUGGAUGGAUGCACCAGUUAAGAGCCCGUGAAGCUCAGUUAUCUCAGCAGAUAGCUUGUCUACGCAGAGAACUCAAUCUUGCUGCUGCUGCUUGUUGUGCCCAAGGGUCAGUUGGGGUUGACCCAGGCAACCUUGUGACUCGGGACCAGAACCGAGAUAGCUUGUUGCAAAAGCUGGCAGCAGUUGUUGAGAACAGGGAUAAAAUUUUGGUGGAAAUAUCCCGUCUUCUCAUUUUAGAAGGUAAGUUUCGAGUAGGUGGAAACUUUAAUUUGAAUGAAGCUCGUGCUAAUCUGGAAGCAAGUUUUGCCAAUGAGGCUGAAAUUGUCUUCACCACUGUGUCAAGCAGUGGACGCAAGUUGUUCUCUCGUCUCACUCAUGGUUUUGACAUGGUUGUAAUUGAUGAGGCAGCACAAGCCAGUGAAGUAGCCAUUCUUCCUCCUCUCUGUCUUGGUGUAGCACGGUGCGUUCUUGUAGGGGAUCCCCAGCAACUUCCUGCAACUGUUAUCAGCAAGGCAGCUGGAUCAUUAUUAUACAACAGAAGCCUCUUUGAGAGGUUCCAGCAAGCUGGCUGCCCUACGAUCUUGUUAUCCGUUCAGUAUAGGAUGCAUCCUCAAAUCAGGGAUUUCCCUUCUAGGUAUUUCUACAAGGGCCACCUAACUGACAGCGAAAGUGUUGCUCGGUUACCGGACGAAAUAUGUUAUAUGGACCCUUUACUGCGGCCUUACGUGUUCUAUGACAUUAGCCAUGGUCGAGAGUCCCGACGAGGUGGAUCUGUUUCAUAUCAGAACGUACAUGAGGCACGGUUUUGUCUUAGUUUGUGGGAACAUCUUCAGAAAACUUUGAGAUCACUGGGUAUGGGAAAAGUUUCUGUUGGCAUAAUCACCCCAUACAAACUGCAACUGAAAUGCCUUCAACGCGAGUUUGAGGACGUUUUAAAUUCAGAAGGGAAAAAUAUUUAUAUCAAUACGGUGGAUGCUUUCCAAGGCCAAGAACGAGAUGUCAUCAUAAUGUCUUGUGUCCGUGCUUCAAAUCAUGGCGUGGGCUUUGUGGCCGAUAUCCGCCGCAUGAAUGUUGCUCUCACUCGUGCUAGACGAGCUCUUUGGGUUGUGGGGAAUGCCAACACUCUGGUGCAAUCUGAUGAUUGGUCUGCACUGAUUGCUGAUGCCAAAUCAAGAAACUGCUACAAGAAUAUGGUUUCUCUACCGAAGGAUUUCCUGAUUCCUAGGACUCGUGCUCAUGCGCAAUUGCCUGGUAAGGUCUCCUCUAAUCCGAGGGGUUUUAGAUCUGGGGUAAGACACAGAUCAUUCGAUAUGCAGACGGACCCCAGUUCUGGAACACCUUCAGAAGCUGAUGAGAAGCCAAAUGCAUCAGUAAUAUGCAAGAAUGGGAAGUACCGUCACUGAAAGCCACCAAUGUGUAAUUCCUUGGAUGAUUUUAAUCAGUUGGGCAACAAAUCCCCAGUUGCCUGGUAAUUUGCAAGGAGGAGAGACUUGUAGCGACUGGUUGUUAACUAAAAUUUAUCUUCUUCGCCUUGGAUGAGUUCCCGGAAUAUCACUGGAGUUGAAUUGGGCUCCUCAUUCCAAACCUGAACUUUUGUGCAGUCAAUGUGGUUGCAAAUCAUUCCUAGGUCUGGAAGCUUGUGGAACUUCUUUAUCUUCUCAUUGUGAUCACUGUAGUGUGAAACAACAAAUUCCGAUCACUUUCCUGCUGAAGUCGGGCAGAAUAUAUAUCGCAGCAGAAUGGAAGAGAUCGGGAAAACCAAAACCGUGGGGUUGAAGGGAUGGCAUGGCAGUGAAGAACAUUGCUUUUUGUGAUUGGGCUGUAGCUUUCUCAAACUGCCAUAAUUUCUGGCCGUUUCCAGCGCUAAACCUUAAUCUGCAGCCCACGGUGAUGGAAACUCCACAAGAACUUCGAGUCGAAUCUGGUGCUGGAUUUCCUGCCCGGACAAGAUUAUAGUGUCUCAUGCUUGGCUAAAAGCUUCAACUGAUGCUUUUGAUUCUCUCUUCCCAAAAUAAACAGCUGCUGACUGAUUUGAAGCCGUCCUUCUCAAAAAGUAUAGUAUGUAUAUGUACAUUACAGCGUACAUUGAUUUGGGAUAUGCCUGGAUUUUGGCUGGAGGGAUGUUAAAAUCUUUGUAGGAUUUCACUUUCAUUUUUCUAUUACUUGAUUAAUUUGAUUUGAAUAGGCUGUUAGAUGCCAAACAUGGCCUCCUGUGAGUAUAUUUCAACCUUCUGUAUAGAUAUUGACUGAGAGAGAGAGAGAGAGUACAGUAUAAAAAUCCUUUUAGCUGAUGAUCCCAGUGGAGAGGUCGGGUCUAUGUACAUCUUCAAUGUACUCUGCUUGAUCAAUUGUUCAU